ACCUUUGAUCCCAUCUCUUAUUCCUCCGUUGGCCCAAGCUGAGCGCGAGCACAUUACUUCAACUUCCAGCCACCAAGGUCACCGCCACCCGCCGGAGGUUACAGAACCCAUUUGCCACCACCUCUAGCCCUCUCCCUUACACAGCCGCGCCACACCCUUUCCACUAUCUCUAUCUCCUUUUUCGCUUACAGAAACUCCAUUUCUCUUGCCAAAAAAUUCAGCUGCCUCUGAAGGUUUCGGGUCAGAGCCACUCGCUUUCAAAUGGUAUAAACUCUUAUCACUCUCCACCCUAAGCUUUCAUGGUGAGAUGAGAUCUCUUAUAACCAUAUUGACAAAUCUGAAUCUAUUUUAGCCAAGUGGUCAAGGCAGUCUCAAAGGGACCUGAUUACUACAACCUUAAUUCUGGAGGGUACGAGUCAUUGCCAUUUUCGACAUUAAAAAUUCACUCUUUCUGCUGUACCUUUUGCUUCUUUUGCCCAAGAAAGUUACGCCUUCUCCUUCAGUGAGCAUGAAAUUUCGCUAUGCCAUGGUGUGUUCAUCGAAUCAGAAUCGAAGCAUGGAGGCUCACUCACUGCUCAAGAGGCAAGGCUUUGAUGUGUCCUCCUAUGGAACAGGGUCCCAUGUUAAGCUCCCUGGACCCUCCCUCAGAGAGCCAAAUGUCUAUGAUUUUGGAACCCCUUACAAGCAAAUGUUCGAUGAUCUCAGGCGCAAGGACCCUGACCUUUACAAGCGUAAUGGCAUAUUGCCUAUGCUUAAAAGGAAUUCAUCUGUCAAAUUGGCACCUCAACGUUGGCAAGAGAAUGCUGCUGAUGGUUCAUUUGAUGUGGUGCUCUCAUUUGAAGAGAAGGUUUUUGAUAUGGUUAUUGAAGAUCUCCAUAAUAGGGAUCAAGCUCUUAUGAAAAGUGUGCUGGUAAUCAACUUGGAAGUAAAAGAUAACCAUGAGGAGGCAGCAAUUGGAGGUCGACUUGCUUUAGAUCUAUGCCAAGAGAUUGAAGCAGUUGAAUCUUGGGAGGAUUCUAUUGAUGAGAUUAUAGCCGCAUUUGAGACAAAGCACAGAAGGAAGCUUUUAUAUAGCAUCUCCUUCUAUUGAAGAUACCACUUUUAUUCUAUGAUUAACAACUUUACUAUUAUUAUUAUUAUUAUUAUUAUUAUUAUUAUUAUUAUGUAAAGUUUUACAAUGUUGUUCUAACAUAAUUUGAAGAAUUUUAUUUCA